GCUCUCCUCUUGUUCAAGACAAGUAACUGUACCCUAAUCUCACUCCUAGUCUUUCAAUUAUUUUUCUUCUUCAUUAUUUCUGUUUGGAAGCUCGGAAACUUUUGUUGCUUUCUGGGUACCACUCUCCCUUUUGGUUGCUUUCUUCUCGGGCAUCAUUUCGAAGAUUGUCUCCAGCUUGCCAUAAUUGUACGGCAAGUACUCUGGACUAGCAAUUGGUGGAGAAGUGAGUUGAAAAUUUGUUCACUGUUCAAGCCUACCAGAUUGAAUGGAAUCAAGCCUUAGCAAGCAAAAUGGCUGCAGGGACUGAAUACCCACCUCCUCUUUCCAAUUCAGAAGAAGGUUACGGAAAGGGGGAUGUCAGCAUAUCAACAGAUGAUAAGUCGGAAACUGUUGAGAGCAUGGAAGUACUGAACAUGGGAAAACCUCCUCGGCAUCUCUCGCCAUUAUGUCAUAGUGUGAGCUCGGCUCAGUUGGCAUCUACUACUGAUUUGGAAUUGGAUAUUGGGAUUGUUAGCACAAACUCACGAUCAGAUCAUAAUGCCAAGUUUGCACCUGUUUUUCGUUCUGGAAGCUGCUCGGAGAUUGGACCCAAACCAUAUAUGGAGGAUGAGCACAUCUGUAUAGAUGAUCUUCAGGAACAUCUAGGUGCAACUGCAGACUUUCCUGCUCCUGGAGCUUUCUAUGGGGUGUUUGAUGGGCAUGGGGGUAUAGAUGCAGCUUUGUUUAUCAGAGAGAACAUUCUUCAAUUUAUUAUUGAGGACUCUCAUUUCCCCAUUUGUGUGAAGAAGGCCAUUCAGAGUGCUUUUCUGAAAGCUGACCAUGCAUUUGCUGAUGCUGCUUCUCUUGAUAGUUCCUCUGGCACCACCGCCCUGACUGCCCUUAUUUUUGGAAGGAUGAUGCUAAUUGCCAAUGCAGGGGACUGUCGAGCUGUGUUGGGGAAACGAGGUAGGGCGAUUGAGCUAUCCAUAGACCAUAAACCUGAUUGCUCCUCUGAGAGACUAAGAAUCGAGAAACUUGGUGGUGUCGUAUAUGAUGGCUACCUCAACGGUCAAUUAUCAGUGGCACGUGCCCUCGGAGAUUGGCACAUGAAAUGUCCCGAGGGCUCAUCCUGUCCCUUGAGUGCAGAACCAGAGCUUCGGGAGAUGCUUCUGAGUGAGGAAGAUGAAUUCUUGAUACUAGGCUGUGAUGGCCUGUGGGAUGUGAUGAGCAGCCAGUGUGCAGUUACAAUUGCACGGAAGGAGUUAAUGCUUCACAAUGAUCCUGAGAGAUGCUCAAGGGAGCUGGUUAGGGAGGCACUCAAGCGCAAUACAUGCGACAACCUGACUGUUGUUAUUGUAUGCUUCUCUCCGGACCCACCGCCACGGCUUGCGAUCCCAAAAUUGCAGUUCAAGAGGUGUAUAUCAGCAGAAGGUCUGGAUCUUCUCCAAGAGGUAUUGGGCAGUAAUGUUUGAUUAGAUUGGAUGCUUAAUAGGCCUAUUGGAAUAAUGUGCUAUGAACUCCUGACUAUCGCUUGCAUUUGAUGUUGCUAAGACGUAGCAUGAAAACAUUUGAGUAGAAAUUUACUCUGCGUAUGUGAUUAGGAUUUACUAGACGAGGAAAUCAUGUUUCGUAUUGAAACUUCAUGGACUGUUUCCCCCAGAUACCUGAAAAACAUUCUAGUGUCUUCACAAAUAUUGUAGUGGAUGCAGUUUCAGAAUGCUUUAAAUAAAAUCUUGUUCAUUCU